AUGACAAACACCAACGAGAGAUUUUUCAAUCUUCUUAAUAUUUUAUCGUUUAGAGCAGCACGACUAAUUGUUACAUUUGAACAAUGCAUGCCUGCUUGUUUAGUACCCAGAAAAACAUCGUUUUUAAUGAAGGAACGAAAUGAAUUUGCUCGUGCAUUAAUACAACAAGAGCUUGGAGAAUCUUAUUCAUCAGAACAAAUUCUACAUUGUCGCAAUAUCAUCAAUGCUAAUGAUAUUAGCAAAAUAGAAAUGGGUGUUUGCAUUGACUUAGAAGAUGCAAUCAAUCGGUUUAAACUCAUCCAUCCUACUCAUCCAUACAUACAAGAUCUAAAUACUCUAUCUCUUGUUCCAUUUCGAACACAAUGCAACAAUUUUCGAGAUGGCAUUGAAUGUGGUGAUCAACUUCGACUAGAUUUUCAUAUGACUGCCUUCAUCAUUUACCCUACCUCAAUUCGUUCCUGCACAAUGUAUAGUGCUAAUUGCAAAAAAUGUCAACUCAGUUAUCGAGUUUCAUCUAUUUAUUGCAUGAACGAACAAAAAAUUAUUGUAACACCAGAAGCAAUAGAAAAAAAACAAUAUUUCCAUUUGUCAUCUGGGAAAUUAGUGUAUUCUCGUGAAUUACUUGUUUCAGUUUCUUCUGAUCUUGUUAAUGGCCAUAUCAGUUUUAAUGGUGCUGGUACAUCAUUAUUGUCUAAAGUGACUCGUAUUCAUCCUGAAUUUGAUAAAAAAUUUGAUCCAGCAGAAUUUACUCGUUCGUUAGAAGCUCAUUGGCUUUAUUUCGAAUUGUUCAAUUUGAUUUUCAUGACUAGUGCAGAAAAAAAAGUUGUUAUUCCAAGAGCGCUCUUCUCUGCACGAAAUAUUGUUAAAGGUGGUGGUAUGAUUAAUGCAAAAGCACAAUUCCUUGAAGAACAUUUAAAUUGGAUAUACAAUCUUUUUAGCAUCUUCUGGUCUCAUCACAAACUUAUUCCUGAUUGUCAAUGUGAUAGUUCAGCUUGCUCUCGUGUAUUAAUUCUAGAUGGACAUCAGAAACCUCGAAGAACUGUUUGCAGUUUUGAUAAUGUCACGUCUCUCAUGAAUGAAGAUGAAUUAGGAGUAUGUAAUCGAGGUUGUCCAUAUCAGCCACAAAAAAGAAAAAAAGAUGAAAAAAGAAAAAAUAAAACUUCACCAUAUUAUUGUUUUUACCAUCAAAAUUUGAGUGAAUCAGUAUCGGCAAAUGUAGUGGAAGAUCGUCAACGUGAUCAAGCGUGGGAAGAUGAUUUAAAAUUAUUAGAAAAAGAUGAUUUAACACAUGACUAUGAAACAUGUAACGUAGUAAGAUCACAGGAAGAUGAAGAACUAGAAAAUAAACGUAAAAGCAUGGGUUUUCUGGCUUCAUUUUUAUCGUGCGGUAUCGUAAUAGGAUUCACUGAAUCAAUCAAUCAUGAAGGAGCACGAAAAGUGACAGACCACUUAUUAACUAUGAUUAAAAUGGGAAGUAAAAUACCUGACGCAAUGAUAUAUGAUUCAGCUUGCACUUUGAAACUGUUUUGGACCAAAAACUAUCGUAAUAUACAUUUAAAAGAAACUGCUGCAAGCAAAAUACUAUUCGAAAUGCGAAUAGCAGUUGACAGGUUUCACCAUAAAAACCAUGUACAUAGCAUGUGCAAGACAAUUACAAAUCCAGAUUGUACAACAAAUGGAAAUUAUGAGGCUUAUCAAGGUAUAAACACUGGUAUAGCCGAACAAUCCUUUCGCUAUUUAAGUGAAUUUAAACUUUCUUUACGUCGUUUGGCAUAUCCUACUUCAACAAUAUUUAGUAUUUUACUUCUACAUCUUUGGAAUUGUCGGCGUGUUCAAAUUUCACCCGACUGCUUCGGUUUAGCCAUGAAAUAUAUACCUGAUAAAAUUAAACCUCUAUUCCGUACUUAUUGCAUUUUUGAAACUGCUCAAUUAAGUAGUAACAAGAUUCUUACAGACUCUAUGGAUUUAACUCAGGAUGAAGAACAAAAUGAUGAGAUCGUUGAAAUGACAUUAGGUGUUGAUCAUCUUGAACAAUUAGAUUAUGAUUGUUGUGUGAACUUGGAAGAAUAUGCGUGGGAUUCCGAUCAAGAAUAG